AUGAUGUCCUCAUCAGCCAUUCUUCGAACCAGUGCUAACCGAAAAGCCUUCAGAGAAGCUUUCUAUGCUGCUGCAAAAUUGAAAGGAGAAACCUUCACUCAUAAUACAGCAUACUUUAUUCAGGGAGGUGAUAUUAAACAUAGAACCAACAACAAUGAUGUAGAACUUUCUUUCCGACAAGAGAGUAAUUUCUAUUAUUUAUCGGGAUGUUCAGAGCCUGGAUGUGCCUUGUUGAUGAAUCCAUCCAUCAGCGAAUCAGUACUCUUUGUUCCACAAUACGAUGAUGAUUAUGCAUUGUGGUGUGGAGACUAUCCAGUAGCUGAUGAUUAUAAACAAAAACUUGGUUUCUCUCGUGUCGAGUACAAAUCCGAAUCAGCUGUUGCAUCCAUCUUGAAGGAAUGGAAAAUUCAAAAAGUCUAUGCUUUUGAUCAAGAAUCAAAGAACAGUUCAUUAUUGAAUCCAAAGACUCUCGAACCAGGUGUUGAAAUUAUUUCUGAUGAAAUAUCACGAACUUUUUAUGUGUUGGUGAAGGAUUUAAGACUCAUCAAGACACAAGAAGAAAUUGAAAUUAUGAGAAGAAUGUGCCAAAUUUCUGGAGCAGCUCACGUCAAAUGCAUGCAACGUGCAAGACCUGGUAUCAAUGAACGUGAACUUGAGGCCGUUUUUCGAUAUGAGACUAUGCUGAAUGGAGGUUCCAUUUUCCAAGCAUAUGAUCCAAUUAUUGCUGGUGACGAUCGUGGAGCAACUCUGCACUACAUUAGAAAUGAUGAAAUUGUUCAUGAUGGAAGCUUGGUUUUGAUUGAUGCUGGUGCUGAAACUUAUGGUUCAUUAUAUGCAAGUGAUAUUACAAGAGUGUUUCCAGUGAAUGGAAAGUUUUCCGAAAAGCAACGUCAAAUCUAUCAACUUGUUCUCGACGCCCAAAUGCAAGUUUUAGCUUCAAUGAAACCUGGUGUGAAAUGGGAAGACAUGCAUAGAUUGGCUUUGCGUGUGAUGACUAAAGGAUUGUAUGAGUUGGGAAUUUUGAAAGUUGAUGGUAAACAAGGAGAUGAAGCUGUUGAAGAAUUAGUGAAACAUCAUGCCGGCUCAGUAUUUUUCCCUCAUGGUUUGGGACAUGCUUUAGGACUUGACGUUCAUGAUCCUCCAAACAGAGAUGGCACAUUUGAGAAGAUUGAUGAGCCUGGAAUUAAAAAUCUCAGAAUUAGAGUUACUUUACAAAAAGGUAUGGUUCUCACUGUAGAACCAGGUCUCUAUUUCAAUAAGAGAAUGAUUGCCAAUGCUCUCAAGGAUGAGACUCUUCAAAAAUACUUGAAUCCUUCUGUGAUUAAUGAUUACAUGAGCGUUGGAGGCAUUAGAAUUGAAGAUGACGUUGCCGUUACUGACGAUGGUAUUGAUAACCUAUGUGCCGGCAUUCCUAAAACAAUCGAAGAAGUUGAAAAGGUUAUGAGUAAGCAAUAG